AUGGAGAGAGAGAAGCGGAUCGUUAAUGGAGAAAAAUGGCUGAGCCAGAUUCUGUAAACGAAGCCAAGGAGAAGAAGAAGAAGCUAUGGAAAGCUGUUUUCGCAAUCUCUGGGAUCAUGCUCACUCUCGUCAUCUAUGGUCUUCUUCAGGAAAAGAUCAUGAGAGUACCUUAUGGAUUGAAAAAAGAGUACUUUAAGCACUCUUUGUUUCUUGUUUUCUGUAAUCGUCUCACUACAUCAGCUGUUUCUGCUGCUGCUUUACUGGCAAGCAAGAAAGUUUUGGAUCCUGUAGCUCCGGUUUAUAAGUAUUGUCUUAUAUCAGUAACUAACAUCUUAACCACAACAUGCCAAUAUGAGGCCCUCAAGUAUGUGAGUUUCCCAGUCCAAACUUUGGCUAAAUGUGCCAAGAUGAUACCUGUAAUGGUUUGGGGAACUCUCAUUAUGCAGAAAAAGUAUAGGGGAUUUGAUUAUCUAGUGGCCUUUCUCGUGACUCUUGGCUGCUCUGUGUUUAUUCUUUUUCCGGCGGGAGAUGAUAUUAGUCCGUACAACAAGGGAAGAGAAAAUACUGUGUGGGGUGUAUCCCUUAUGGUUGGUUAUCUUGGGUUUGAUGGUUUUACAAGCACAUUCCAAGACAAACUUUUUAAAGGUUAUAAUAUGGAAAUACAUAACCAGAUAUUCUACACAACAAUUUGUUCCUCUAUUCUUAGUUUUACUGGCCUUAUAUUGCAAGGACAUUUACUCCCAGCAGUAGACUUUGUUUCUCGACAUAGGGAUUGCCUAUUUGACAUAGCUUUGCUUUCCACUGUAGCAACAGCCAGCCAAUUUUUCAUUUCCUACACCAUUAGGACAUUUGGUGCUCUAACGUUUGCUGCCAUAAUGACUACAAGGCAGGUAAGUUAGUCUGAUCUCAACUCUUUGAUUCAUAAGCACAAUAUAAUCAAAUCUAAUUCCUUCUUCGUUGUCUGAAAAAUAAAAAGCUUGCCAGCAUCAUGCUCUCCUGCAUUUGGUUCUCACACCCGCUUAGCUGGGAGCAGUGUAUUGGAUCCGUAAUUGUUUUCGGAUCUCUAUAUGCUAAAACCUUCGUGAAGAAGAAAUCAGAAAAGCCGCCGGCAGCUCAAGAACUUCCACGGGAUGAAGAGGCGCAGCCUCUGAAGGGAAACCCUUAAAGCACAGAGAGAGCUUUAUCUUCUCUGAGGCUUAAACAGUUACCAGCCAAAUCUAAAGAUCCCUCUGUCUUUGAGGCAUCUAACUAACAAAACUAAAGCAGUUGAGUCAUACAUGACGUAGGACGGGUACUUAUAGAGACCAAUGAGACCAAGGAUCAAUUUAUUUACUGUUUCUGUAGACUUGUUAAAAUGAUUGUGAAGUAAAAUUGUUAUGGAGUUUUGAUAUUGUAUCAAGAAAUAUCAUAAAUUUGUGAUACAAUGGCUGAUUCAUAUCAACUGAAUUUAAUACAGUAACAAUUUUGGUUUAAAGGAUCAAACAGAACUUAAAAGUUUGGUUAUUACAGAGUUUACGAUUGACACAAUAUAAGAAAUUACACUAAAGUCAACAUUAGAGUUGGUGAGAAAAUCCUUUGCCUUAUUUAUCAGACAAGUAAUCAGGGAUAUAUGAAACAAUUCCACUUUCACCAAUGAGAGUUCUCCAACCUUACCAAUCAAGCUUACCAGACUCGUUCUCCUGUCAACAUCUCAAGCACGGUACACCCAAAAGCCCACACAUCCGCACCAUAAUCCAAAACAUUGUCCCUUAUAAGCUCCGGUGACAUAAACCUUGCAGUGAUAGAGAACGUUGCACCAUAAUUGUUUUUUAGAUACUUUCCAAUAAUAAAGAACAGUUU